AUGGGCUCAAAAAUAAAUCACUGGCCUUAUCUUCUUUUUAUCGUAUCCUCUCUUGCUUUCAAUUUCUCUUUCAGUAGCCUCUUUUCUUUUAUUUUUCUCUCAAGUAUAUCAUCCAAUUCUAAGGUGUUCGUAUUUAGUAUUCUCUGGAUUCAAAUCAUCACCACCACCACCACAAUCAUCACCACCACAUCCUCUCUCUUUCCACCUCUCCCUCUUUCCACCCUCUUUAUUUCCACCUCAUCCUCUUUACACCCUCUCUCUUUCCACCUCUCCCUCUUUCCACCCUCUCCCUUACCACCUCUCCCUCUUUCCACACUCUCUCUUUCCACCUCUCCCUCUUUUCUCUCUCUCUCUUUCCACCUCCCUCUUUCCUCCCUAUCUCUUUCGAUCUCUCCUUCUUGCCACCCUCUCUCUUUCCACCUCUCCCUCUUUACACCUGUCCCUCUUUACACCCUCUCCCUUUCCACCUCUCUCUCUUUACACCUCUCCCUCUUUACACCCUCUCCCUUUCCACCUCUCCCUCUUUACACCCUCUCUCUUUCCACCUCUGCCUCUUUCCUCCCUCUCUCUUUCCACGUCUCCCUUUUUCCUCCCUCACUCUUUCCACCUCACCCUCUUUCUACCCCCUCUCUCUUUCCACCUCCCCCUCUUCCCACUUCUCCCUCUUUACACCUGUCCCUCUUUACACCUCUCUCCCUUUAUACCCUCUCUCUUUCCACCUCUCCCUCUUUACACCCUCUCUAUUUCCAUCUCUUUCUCUUUACACCCUCUCUCUUUCCACCUCUCCCUCUUUACACCCUCUCCAUUUCCACCUCUGCCCAUUUAUAUCCUCUCUCUUUCUACCUUUACCUCUUUAGACGCUCUCUCUUUCCACCUCUCCCUCUUUACACCCUCUCUCUUUCCACCUCUCCAUCUUUCCUCCCUCUCUCUUUCCACCUCUCCCUCUUUCCACCUCUCCCUCUUUCCACCCUCUCCAUUUCCACCUCGCCCCAUUUAUAUCCUCUCUCUUUCCACCUUUCCCUCUUUAGACGCUCUCUCUUUCCACCUCUCCUCUUUACACCCUCUCUUUCCACUCUCCAUCUUUCCUCCCUCUCUCUUUCCACCUCUCCCUCUUUCCCACCUCUCCCUCUUUCCCACCCUCUCCAUUUCCACCCUCUCCAUUUCCACCUCGCCCCAUUUAUACCCUCUCUCUUUCCACCUCUCCCUCUUUUCACCCUCUCUAUUUCCACCUCUCCCUCUUUUCACUCUCUCUUUCCACCUCUCCCUCUUUCCUCCCUCUCUCUUUCCAUCUCUCCCUCUUUCCUCUCCCCUUUAUACCCUCUCUUUCCACCUUUCCCUCUUUACACCCUCUCUAUUUCCACCUCUCCUUCUUUCCACCCUCUCUCUCUUUCAACCUCUCCCUGUUUCCCCCUCUCCUUCUUUCCACCCUCUUUCUUUCCACCUCUCCCUCUUUACACCCUCUCUCUUUCUCCCUCUCCCUCUUUCCACCCUCUCUCUUUCCACCUCUCCCUCUUUACACCCUCUCUCCACCUCUCCCUCUUUACACCCUCUCUCUUUCUCCCUCUCCCUCUUUACACCUCUCCCUCUUUACACCUCUCCCUCUUUCCUCCCUCCCUCUUUCCUCCCUCUCUCUUUCCACCUUUCCCUCUUUCCUCCCUCUCUCUUUCCACCUCUCCCUCUUUCCACCCUCUCUAUUUCCACCUCUCCCUCUUUUCUCUCUCUCUCCCUUUCCACCUCUCCCUCUUUCCUCCCUAUCUCUUUCGAUCUCUCCCUCUUGCCACCCUCUCUCUUUCCACCUCUCCCUCUUUACACCCUCUCUCUUUCCACCAUUCCCUCUUUCCAUUUCUCUACCCUGACUCAAAGAAGAGUGCACUAACAGUAGCAUUUCUCUCUCUCUCUCUCUCUCUCUUUCUCUCUCUCUCUCUCUCUCUCUCUCUCUCUACACACACGCACAUAUAA